GACACUCAUCCCACUCGAAAGCAGACCUCAUGAGUCCAAUCAAACCAACCAAUGGAAGUAUAUCCCCAAGUGCCACACAUUCUCGGUUUUCGACACCGGGCGCCCGGUCACUGCCACUGACACCGCCGAGUGUGCCGUACGCGGCCGACCGGCCCCCGGUCGCUACCUUCUCCUGCCCGGACGGUCUCGCACACGCCCUGUCCGAGCAAAAUCUGCGCCUCCAGCAGAUAGUCUACGAACAUCGGCAACGCGAGGAAGCACUACAGCGGGAACUGUACGCGACGCGGCUAGCGCUACUGAAGAAAACCUGCCAGCACUGUUGCAGCAGCGUCCAGCAGCAUUACGGCAAUGAGGAUCCGGUGCCGGUUACCAACCUUUCCAUUAGCAGCGUUGCUAGCAGCUUGCUCGCUACUGCUUCCUCCACCAUCACCACCACCACCACCACCACUAGUGCUGCUGCGGCGGUGGUGGCCACGAUUGUCACGGGUUGUGGUAGCAAUAGUAGCGAACCCUACGCUAGCAAUACUAGCAUCUCCGCUUCCAGGACAAUCCACCAAUGUUGCCGACGACGCGGCCAGGAGAGCAUGGCCCGGCAGAACGAUCCGCUACCGUUCUUCAUCAGUCAGCUGCUAGCGGUAUCACCGAUGACCGAAGCACCAAGAUCCGCACCGGAAGCAAUCGAACCACCGGCAGUAGACAGUGGAGCACCAGCAGCACCAUUUUGGACGUCGGCACACUGCCAGCUGAUCCUGUUUUCCGAAGAUGAGGAAAAUUACGGAUCACCAUCAUCAUCAUCACCACGUGAAGAGGAGAACAAACGACCGACUGUCAUCCGAGGGACGGAGGAAGAGGAGAGUCGUUUGCGCGAGGAGUUCCUCAAGCACCAUCGGCUGUUUACGCACACGUCACGUGUUUGUCGCACGAUACGCCGCUUCCUGGAGCGUACCAAGCACAAGAGGCGCCACUGGACGCCCGCUGGUACGUUAGAGAUGGUUGAUGAUCGCCUGGAGGUGGUGCAGAUGCAUCACCAUCACAUCGAUAGUGAUUACUAUGGCGAUGAUGAUAGUGAUGAUGACAGUAGUGAGGAGCUUGCUAUGGAACUGGAAACGGUGCGGGGAAAGGCCAGCAAAGCGAGUGUUCCGUUGCGUUCUCGUCCUCGUCCGCAGGCUCUUCGUUGUGUUGGUGGUGAUGGUGGUGGUGAUUAUGAUAAUGAUGAUGCUCUCGAAGAGAAUCUGUCCUCGCAACUGAUGGUUGACUCCAUGAACGAGAACGCCUCGAACUGUUCGUGGGAAGCGGUCGACGAUCGGAGUGCCCCAUCGUCCGGCGCCAACUCGUCGCAGCAGAUGCAGUAUAGCAGCAGUGGCGUCGGAACCAGCGCCAGUGUCCUGUGGGUACCGGACCAUGCCGUGACGCGGUGCACCUCGUGCCAACUGGAGUUUACCCUGUGCCGCCGGAAGCACCACUGCCGCUCAUGUGGACAGAUCUUUUGCGCCGAGUGCUCAGAGUAUACGGCGCAUCUGCCGGACGAGCGGUUCUACCAGCCGGUACGCCUAUGUGGUCCUUGCUAUCAACGAAUAUCGACCAUCACGAUGGCGACGACGUCCAACAGCGUCGGUCCCUCGGUCCAACACCAGUACCCUUCAUCCUCUAGUUGUGCUGCUUCCGUGGCCACAACAUCAUCGAUGUCGCUGGCGAACGGCGGUGGUAGCGCUUUUCACUCGCAACGGACACUACUCGCCGGUGGCCACCCGCUACACUCGCUCGGAACGGCGGCGGAAUGCAAGCAGCAGGCCGUUAACGGUGGUGCAGCUGGCAGUGAAUCCAGCCGGGUUAACGAUGUGGCCUGCUGUAAAGCCAACGCAACGGCGACAGCAUCAAACUAGGGCAUGUACUCUCCAGGAAUAAACCGGCGCCCCGGGGUGCGGUGUAGUGUACACGAUUGUGAUCAACAACGGCGGCAGAGCGGAGAUUGCCAAAGUGGGAACGUGAAGUCGUUAAUAUGUUUAUGUUUGCUUUCCCAUUUCCGUUUCUUUUUGUUUUAUUUUAUUGCAAACACUCAUUGUAAGGGGGUGGAAAGGGAGGGAAAAGGGUGUGCGUGAAUUCUGCACACGCAUCCAUCCACUGCAUCAUCACCGCACCAUCUCAUCGUUCCAUACACUUUCUACUUCACAUUCAUCGUAAUUUAUAUCCCGUUUUUUUUACCGAGUUGUUUGUUCAACUUUGUUAUUUCUUUUACUCUUAUUAUUAUUGUAACAAUGAUUAUUAUACUUUUUUUUACACAACGGCCUACGACGGCCAGAAGACAGUCACCGACAACUCUCCCAAAAGCAGCGCUUGCUACGUCUUGCUAGGGACUAUCGUUUUCCUCGGUUUUAUACGUUCGGUGUGAAAGCACACAUAUAGCAGAGCACCUAGGCCUACUAGGCUAGGCUACGGGAGGGGGAUGGUAGUAUACCUUACGUGUACCAUUGCGUGUGUGUCUGUUGUGUGUGUAUGUGUGUGUGUUUGCAGCGUUGUAGCAUAAAUAGAAUAACACCUACACCGCGAUACCUUGACAAAAACCUACCUACACUCUACCCACUAUAUCAUCAUGCAUCCAUCACUGAGACUCUCUGGGGAUUCGGUUUACACGAUUGACGUGCGCGCUAUUAGCCUAGCAGAAGCCUACUAGGGUUACCUACUACUUCGGCCACUCACUCGCUUCGUUUAGGACGCGUUGGCGACCGAUGCCGCUGCAUCAAAGAAUGCGCUGAAGACUGCCUUGUAUGGCGUCGCCUAGCGUCGCCUUGGGUACCUUGAGAUGGUCGCAUACUAACGGAGACGACGGAGAAUGAGUCCCAAAGUAAGCCACCGGUUUAAUUGCGAUGGACAUGAAGUGACCCCGGUGUGUGUUCGUAGGUGGCCUAGGUUUAGGCGCUCGCGUUUAGUUAGCCUUCUUCUUGCCCUUAUUGUAGGGGCUACCUAGUUUUCCUAUGACCGCCACACGACACUAGAGACCCCUUUUACGGUGACACAGCGUGUUAAAUGUGGGGAACUUUGCAGGAACACACUUCCACAGCGAAAUGUUAAAACACCAGCGAAACGAAAAGCGAACGAACACCGGGGCGUGGCCAGGGGCGCCACCUCACUAGGAUACCGUAAUAGAAAGCAAUGCAUAAAAUAGAGAGAAAACAUCUAUAAAAAUAUACAAAUAUAUAUAUACAUAAAAAUAUAUAUAUAUAUACUAAUCAACAUAGCUAACGAAAGCAAGCAGAAGCAAGCAGCGAACAGGCAGAAUGGGUAUAAUAUUGUAGCAAAAGAAAGCAGCAGUAAGCAGAACAAAAACGAUUAUGAAUAAAAGAGGAAGAAAAACAC